AUGAGUAGUCUCCGAACCGCCAGCGUUUUUAGUUUAUUGGAAAAUUUAAAUUGGAAACUCUUUAUAGAUAAAGGUGUUCACGUAACUCGUCUGAAAAGUUUAAAAUUUCUUUCAAGUGAACCGCACCUAUCAGUUCAGGAUCACGCAUAUCAGGCGAAGUUAGAUGCGUUACGUACAAUCAAUCUUAGCAAUGAACAACAAAUCGUUAAAGAUUUAGUUCUCAAUAACGAGGAUAAUGUAUUUUAUACAGGUGCCGCAGGAACCGGUAAAAGCGUACUUUUAAGAUCGAUAAUCAGCGGAAUUAGAAGAAAGUAUGGGAAAUCUUCAGUUGCAGUUACAGCAAUGACUGGUAUCGCGGCAAUAAACAUUGGUGGACAAACGUUACAUUCAUUUGCUGGACUUACCCCUCAAUCGAAUCUCCUGAACAUUGAAAGCCUUAUUAAAAAAAUCAAUAGGAGUCAUAGGAUAGUAAGAAGAUGGAAGAAAAUCAAAGCGUUGGUAAUUGAUGAAAUUUCUAUGCUUGAUGCUGAAUUGUUUGAUAAAUUGGAUCAUGUGGUUAAAAAUAUUCGUUGUGACAGUAGACCCUUUGGUGGAUUGCAGUUGAUUAUAACAGGAGAUUUUUGUCAGCUUCCUCCUGUCAAAGUAAAUAAUUAUUGUUUUGAUGCGGAAUCUUGGAAUUCGUUAAAUCAUUCGAUUCAACUAACCACCGUACAUCGACAAUCCGAACAAGAAUUUAUAAAGAUGUUAAAUGAGAUCAGAUUUGGAAACAUGUCUGAAAAAUCCAUCGAUAUAUUAAAUAAAUUAAAUCAAGCACCUGAAUACCAAAAUGAUGGAAUUGAAGUAACCGAACUGUAUCCCGUUAACAGAAUGGUUAAUGAAGUAAAUUAUAUGAAAUUAGCAUUCAAUACAAAUCAACAGUUUAUUUAUAAUGCAGAAGAUUGGGAACCUAAAUUUAACGGUCAAUUGAUAUCGCUCAGAAAUGGCUGCAUUGCUCCGUCAAGAUUAAGACUUAAAAUUAACGCUCAAGUCAUGUUAAUUAAGAAUUUUACAAAACAAUUGGUUAAUGGUAGUAAAGGAGUUGUGGUUGGAUGGUUUUCCAUACCAUCCGAGAAAUUUUAUGAUGAACAUGACGAAGUUCCAAGUCAUGAUGUAACUUUUGUAUUACCUGUUGUAAAAUUUACCAAUGGACAGACCAAGGUAGUUCCUUGGACAGAAUGGACCUUAAAGGACGAAACCGAACGGGUCGUGGCUCGACGUAUACAGAUCCCACUCAUUCUUUCUUGGGCAAUUAGCAUCCAUAAAAGUCAAGGACAAACCUUGGAACGCGUUAAAGUUGACCUAGAUAAGGUGUUUGAAAGAGGACAAACUUAUGUCGCGUUAUCCCGAGCGACCUCUCUUAAUUCGCUGCAAGUACUCAAUUUUUCACCAGAUAAAGUAAUGACCGAAGAAAGAGUAAAGAUAUUUUACGAUUUAUUAACGAACUUUUCUGCCAAUGGCAUAUCAUAG